AUGUCCGGCAGGUUCACUCGUCUCAUCCGCUUCCUGGCCAAGGACGGCCGCACAUACUACGGCGACGCCAUCCUGCCCCAAGGCGUCACCGACGUGGCCAAGGUCCAGCGCGCCCGCAUCAUCGAGGGCGACAUCUUUGGCAGGUAUCACGUCACGGACCAGGAAGUCGGCGUGCGUCUGCUGCUCUCGCCGCUGUCGCAGUCCCAGGUCAAGACGGUCCGAUGCCUGGGGCUCAACUACGCCAAACACGCCAAAGAAUCCAACCUGCCGGAGCCAAAGUAUCCCGUGCUGUUCUACAAGCCCGUCACCGCUCUGUCAGGCCCCCUUGACCCUAUCCCCGUGCCGUUGAUGGCGCAGGAGGAUACUGGGCUGGACUAUGAGUGCGAGCUCGUCAUCGUCAUCGGCAAGAGGUGCUCUGAUGUGACGGAGGCCGAGGCGCUCGACUAUGUGCUUGGAUACUCGGUUGGCAACGACGUCUCUCACCGAGACUGGCAGAUCAAGAACGGCGGGGGCCAGUGGUCCCACGGCAAGGGCUUUGACGGCUGGGCGCCGUUUGGGCCGGCCAUUGUGACGGGCGAGGUCGUCAGGGAUCCCCAGAAUCUCAGGAUCUGGACGAAGCUCAACGGACAGACGGUCCAGUGCAUCAUCAAGCUGACUCGUGAAACAAAGAACGGAACCACUGCCGACCAGAUCUUUGGUGUCCGAAAGACGAUAUCUCUCCUCAGUCGCGGGGUGACUCUCAUGCCUGGCGACGUCAUCUUCACUGGCACUCCCGAAGGCGUUGGAAUGGGCCGGAAGCCGCAGGUCUGGCUCAAGGAUGGAGACGUUGUCGAGGUCGGCCUCGAGAACGUUGGCACGUGUACCAACAAGGUGGAGUUUGAGGCUCCAAAGGCCAAGAUCUAG